UGGCACCAGAACUGACCGAAAAACCGGGCAAUGUCGCGGGCAGAGCAGAAGGAAAACGCGGAGCAGUCGACGCUGAGCUCGGAACACGAGCAAAACGGCGACUCGGUGAACCCGAGAGCGGUCUGUAACGCGUGCAAACGCUUGUACCGGGACCCGAAAAUCCUCCCCUGCCUGCACACCUUCUGCUCCGACUGUAUCGGCCAGCUGGAGCCGUUCUCGGUGUCUUCGCGCGGUCCGGAGGACGCGGACCGCCCCGCCGUCACCGUCACGGUGCUCUGUCCCGACUGUGACUCCGAGGUGGAAAUCCCUCCGUCGGGACCGGCCGGGCUGAGCACCGACCACCUGGCGCUGGACGACGUUUUCCUGGAGACCCUGGUGACGGACGGCCCGCUGGGGUGCGACCUGUGCGGCGAAGGAGGCGCAGAGAGCCGCUGCGAGGUCUGCUGCGUCAACCUGUGCGAGUUCUGCUGCCGGGCACACAGGCGGCAGAAGCGAACGGCGUCCCACUCCGUUCAGGGUCUGGCGGAGCUGAAGUCUCGUGGUCGUCUCUGCCGCCCCGUCCUCUGCUCCUUCCAUCCCGGCCAGGAGCUCCGGCUCUUCUGUCAGCCCUGCGACCUGCCCGUCUGCCUGGAGUGCGCCGCCGCGCUGCACCGCGACCACCGCUGCCGUCCCGCACGGGACGUCGUCGACCGCCACGGGGACCGCAUCCGAGAGCUGGUGGCCGUGCGCCUGCGACCUCGCCUGGAGCGCCUGGAGGAGUCUUUGCAGAAGGUGGAAGUAUCCCGGGAGGCUUUGCAGGCACGAGUGGAGGCGACGGCCAGCGAGGUGAGGGCGUUUGCGCGGGGCUACGCCAGCGCCGUGGAGGCCCACUGCCUGUCCCUGCUGCGUCGCCUGGAGGAGCUCCGCGUCCAACGCAGGAACCAGCUCCACCUGCAGAGGGCUCAGCUGCAGCAGGCUCUGGUGGACGUCCGAGGCGGCGUGGAGUUCGCGGAGAGACUGCUGAGCUGCGGGUCCGACGCCGAGAUCCUCAGCGCCAAGGGAGUGACCCUGAGAAGGCUGACCAGUCUGGCCGAGGGCACCUACGACCCCCAGCCGCCGACUGUCGCCCCCGACGACGGCAGCGGUAUCCGCUUCAUGCCCGCGGAGCCGGCAGGGGAGGUGGACGGCUACCCGGUGGUCGGGGUGAUCAACUCUAAGACGGUGGACCUCAGCAGGUGCACCAUUGAAGGGGAAGGUCUGCAGCAGGGCAGGGAGGGCCAGCAGGGCCGCUUCACCCUGGUGUGCCGGGACUCGGCUGGGGAGCAGAUGGAGCGGGGGGGCGAGCACGUCCUGGUCAGCGUCGUCCACGGGGAGAAGAAAAACUGCACGGUGGAGACCGCGGUGGUUGACAACAACGACGGAUCCUACAGCGUUUCAUACACGCCCGACGAGCCGGGAACCUACUCGGUGUGGGUUUGUGUCAAAGCGCAACAUGUCAAGGGUUCUCCGUUUCUUCUGAAUGUGAGGAGGAAGUUCAGGGGUCACGGCGGGACGUUUCACUGCUGCUCCUUCUGCUCCAGCGGAGGAGCCAAAGAGGCUCGCUGCGGCUGUCCAGGAACCAUGCCAGGAGGAUUUAAAGGCUGCGGCCACGGUCAUAAGGGACACCCCGGGAAGCCGCACUGGUCUUGCUGUGGAAGCACCGUGGAGCAGUCCGAGUGUUUGCCCCAGAGCGUGCUGGCUGCGGUCUCCCCCCGCGGCCACCUGCGAACCGUGGAGCUCUGAGGUGGCGCGGAGCCGACGCCCGUCGAUGACGACGCAAGUUGGUAGAUGGCAGCAGCCAACGGGUUGGAGCAGCGGGGGGAGUGAGGUGCAGGUUGCCGGUGUGGCUUUUGAGCAGAUUUGAAAAGGUCAGACAAGGAUAAGUGAAGCUCCAAAGACACGGUGACCGAGGCAGGUCACGUGGGUCUUGAACGUGCCCACCUCUGCCACACAUUCUGGUAACCGCUGGCCCGGCUGCGAUACAGUAGCCAGCAUGACAUAUAAGACAAACACCAGAGUGUGAGCUAAGAGCUCUCAAUCUGUUGUAAAGUGCCUAUAGAUUUUGUUUUUUUUUUUCUGUCCAAGCACUGCCUACCCACCACGACGUGGGGGAGACAGUAAAUGAAAGGCUUGGAUCACGGCAGCACGUGUGUUUCCUCCCGAAUCAAACGUUAAAAGCUUUGCUGAAGGGCAGCGGGCAGAGAGAGCUUCGCUUUUUCAUUGUUACGCUUUUCUCUCACCGGUCGGUCUCGAGUCGAUUUUUUUUUUUUUCUUUUUUAACCUGGAAGCUGCUGUCGAUUUCAACGGUGCUAAAAUCAAUUUUUUUUAUCUUAAAUGUAAAAAAAUGGAAACAUCAGGAAUCACCAGACUGUUGAACUUUAACUUAAUAUACAUAUAUUUUUUAAAAUCCUUAAGCCAAUGAAAAUGUAUUUUGAAACACAGUGCCUCAAAAACCGUUGUGAUGCCAAAAGAUGCGACCAAUAAUUCUUAUUAAUCUACACUGAUCUCUGUUCUCUGAAGAAAACAGAAGAAGGGCUGUGACACCAACAAGUCCUUCAUGGAUGGUAGAGUACAGGAAUUACUUAUUAUCAAGUAUAUACAAUUAAUUCUAUAACAUUAUAUUAUAAUUAGAUAAUAUUAAUUAUAUAAUAUAUUAUAAAUAAUUAGUAGUUCUGAAGUCAUUACUGGUACAAAAUAAUGGAGACAUAGGAGUGCCAUUAAAAAAAAGAAUAGAUCUGUGAAAGAAUCUGUGAAAUAUAACGAGAAACGAAAAAUAUAACGAGAAAUAAAAAGGGAAAGAAAUUGACUACCCAUGCUGGGCAGGAUGACCCGCCCAAGGUCAGCUGAUUGACAGCUUGGCCCUUCAAGGAAUAGCAAAAACGAUAAGGAACAGAAUAAGGAAAAAUAAUUAUUCUUUUAUAUUUUUUCAUUUCUCUUCAUAUUUCCACAUUUUUUUUUAUUUGCUCACCUCUUCUUUUAUUUAUCCCUCUUUGUAUUUCCACAUUUACUUUCCAAUGUUUUUACAGAUUUGUUCUUUUUUUUAUUUUUUAUUAUGGCACACCUCUGACUCCACAGAAAAUAGACCCCAGCAGAUAAAUCAGCAGGCAGAUGUUAUCAGCAAAUAUUCAGCACAUCGCGGAAACACCCUGAGAUUCUGAGUACGAUUAUUUAUUAUGUUACUUUAUGACGCUUACUAGAAGGUAUAUGUGUGCACACAUCGUUAUCCUAGUUGUUAUGGGUGCAAACUGAGUAAAUUAUGGGUUGAUUGGCAUUUUCCUAAUAAAUACCAAUAAUAACUGUAGUGUUAUUACUCCAUUAUUUCUUUAGCCUCACUUCGGGUAAUUACUUUUUUUUAAGAAUAAUUAAUGCAUAUUCCUUAGUAAAAAAACUUGGUAAUUAUUGUCUAUAGUAGUAUUAACUACAGGUACUUACUUUUUUUGUGCUAAUGUAAUAAUUACCAAAUAAUAAACAACUAUCCACCAAAAACUGUCAAUAAAUACUUUUUCCUGCACCUAAUAUAACGGGAUUUCAUUGUACUAACUACAGGUACAUAAAAAGAUAACAAUGAAUGCCCAUUAAAUACAACGCAUUGAUUAUAUUCCACUGAAGAGGUGAUGCCUAUACUGCGGUGCCAUACGGUGUCAACAAAAGUCAGGGCAAAUUCACAUCCCUGCUCUCUGUGAAUCCUACUACUUCUGCCGUCGUAUUCGAGAUGGGACUGUGCGUAUAAAAACCACAACAUCUGCCUCGUGCUGCCCGCGUGUCAAGGUUUAACGUGUAGCUCUUGGGUGCUCCAACGUUGUUCUGUGAAACAGCGAGGGGAACUCCGCACACACCGGGGUUUCCUUCAGCUUCAUCGGCAGCCCAACUCUGCCGUGCCGCUUGGUGAAGAGAGGCUUUAUCUGGGACACACUGUGACCUGUGGAAGGUGCGGCCAGCGUCCUCUUGGAACGCAACACAGUUGUUCCUCUCCGGAGCGGCGGCGUCGCAGCAGCAAACCUAAAACUCAUAACGAGCCACUUAAUGCCGUUUUGGAUUUUCUGUAUUCUGAAUAUGCCUUAUGGUGAGUGUGUUAAGAAAUAUAUAUCAUUUUUUCAUUUUUAGUUAAGAUCUGCUCAUUGUAAAGCUGAAUUGUAAAGGCGACCUAUACAAAUACUCAACACGAACACUGAUCUUUCUCAUUUGUGGUCGAACGUCUCCACAGCGACAGGGAACCUCUCCGACCCUGUGAGCUUGUGGCUGCUGUUCACAUUUUGAAACAUCUCCAUUUCACACUGACUGUACGUUCAUCUGUACGUGGAGGUCUUGAACCUUUUUCGGUUUUCACCGGGUUUUACUGCAGAUUAAUGCCUGUACAAUGAAAUAAACACACUCAUCUGUCGGUUUUGAAGUUCUGCUUCAUUUCUUGAUGGACCAACAGGAGCUUUUGUAAUGAAAUCAUGCUGCUGAUUUAGUAGGAAUUUAUCUUUUACGUCGAAGCCAGUAAAUAAUAUUAAUAUGACAUUUUUCCUCCAUUAUAACCUUGCGUUUCCAUGUGUACGGCA